AGGGGGAGGGAAAGGAAUUUCUAGAUAGGCGUAGGGAACAAAGGAAAAGACAGAAAGUGCGACGUCAGAGUAGGCUGUAGGAUGUGAGUAUUGAAUGGGUGGAGGGUUGCACACUUACUUUCUUCCCUCAUCCACAGAGACCUCUCUUUCUCUCUCUCUCUCUCUCUCUCUGGGGCAAAAUUCCCCUCAAUUCCUUUCCUUUCUCUACCAUCUUUUCUUUGGCUUUGCUCUCCUUAGUUCAUCUUAUUUGGAAUUUUUGGCCAGCAGUUACUGUAUCCUCCCAGCCAGUCUUCUGGUUGUGAUUUCAGGUUUCUGGUCUUCGGGUAAUUGUUUUUGUUUGAUUUGUUCAUCUGUUGACGCUUUGAUGCAAGUUUUAUGUGGUCUUCGUUGAGGUAGGAAAGCAUAUGGAGUUUUUGAGUCAUGGAAUGGGUUCUCCGUUUCUUUUUCUCUGAUGGAGGGUUUGGUGCAGUUCCGUUUGCUGGCGUCAUGAAGUCUUCUUAAUUUCCCCCUCUUUGGUUUAAUUUUGUUUGCUGGAAUUUUGGUUUGAAGAUCUCUUUUUAAAAUCUGAUAUGGAAAUAGUACUAUCAUCAUCCUAGAGUUCUCCCUCUUUUACCUUGAUGAAUUAUAUGUGUAUUUUAUGUGGAACAUGGGAUAUCCCUUAGAGAUGCAUGUCAGAUCCAGUAAAUGAUGAUGCUCCUUUUUGUGAACUUUGGAAUCCACAGAGUUUCCUUUUAUCAGAUGAGAGGAGACAAAUAGAUCUGCCUUAGAGUACUUGAGCUAUUCACCAGCCCUAGCCUAUCUUUCCUUUUCCUUCCACCCAAAAAUUAUUUAAGGAUUCUCCACUCACCAGUAGAGAUGAUGAAAGGGCUCAUAAUUCAGCAGCACCAGCUGGCGGAGGAGAACAUGUCCAAUCUAACAUCAGCCUCUGGGGAAGCCAGUGUCUCUUCCAACCAGCAGUCGUCCUUUGCCUCCCCAAACCCAGCCCCAGUGAAGAAGAAGAGGAAUCUCCCAGGAAACCCAGACCCAGAUGCUGAGGUCAUAGCACUCUCCCCCAGGACCCUGAUGGCUACCAACAGGUUUGUGUGCGAGAUCUGCAACAAAGGGUUUCAGAGGGAUCAGAACCUGCAGCUCCACAGGAGGGGUCAUAACCUCCCAUGGAAGCUGAAGCAGAGAAGCAGCAAGGAGGUGAAGAAGAAGGUGUACAUCUGCCCAGAGGUGACAUGUGUGCACCAUGAUCCCUCUAGGGCUCUUGGGGACCUUACUGGGAUCAAGAAACACUUCAGUAGGAAACAUGGGGAGAAGAAGUGGAAGUGUGACAAGUGCUCCAAGAAGUAUGCUGUUCAGUCUGAUUGGAAGGCCCACGCCAAGAUCUGUGGCACAAGGGAAUACAGAUGCGACUGUGGUACCCUCUUCUCAAGGAGGGAUAGCUUCAUCACCCACAGAGCCUUCUGCGAUGCAUUGGCAGAGGAGAGUGCAAGGGCCAUGGUGGGAAACCCUCUAGCUAACAACCACCCGCUGCUAUUCUCUCAGCCCACAUCAUCCCAUGAGCCCCCUCCACUUCCACACACUGCCCUCCAAGCCCAGUUUCCUCACCUGAUGAGAACCACGGCGGCCAAUACUAACAUCAUAGGCAGUCAUGGGCUGCAAGAGCUCUCACUGAAAAGAGAACAACACCUCGGCAUGAGAGCAGAUAUCCCACCAUGGUUGGCUGGCCAGGGCCCCGUUUCUCUGAACCAAUUAGACCUCCCUUCCUCUUUCUACUCCACAAGACUAGAACAGCAGUACUCGCAUGAAAACCAAGCUCCCCAUCCUCCACCUCUUCCUCCUCCUUACCAAGGGCCCUCGACUGCUGCCUCUUCUCACAUGUCAGCCACCGCAUUGCUACAGAAGGCGGCUCAGAUGGGUGCAACCAUGAGCAGACCUCCACAUCAUGGUCAGAUGGCAUCUCUCACUACCAAUGCUACUGUUGCCAAUACUGCUAGUACCGGCUUUGGACUUGGCUUGACUUCACACCAAGAGAUGGCUGGAGGUGGUGGUGGUGGUUUCGGACAUGGGUCAGCACCCCCCCUUCUCCAAGACAUGAUGAUGAAUUCCCUCCCCUCACCUCCUGGAUUCGGUGGGUCUUUUGAGGAAUCCUUUGGGGUCAUGCUGGAAGCCAAGAGGCAAGAGAACAAUAUUACAAUGGAAAGCAUUGCAAGAAGUCAUGGAAUGAAUGAAGGAGGAAGUGCCGGUGCUGGUGGUGGAACUGAUGGGUUGACUAGAGACUUUCUGGGUCUGAGAGCCUUUUCCCACAAGGAUAUCCUCAAUAUGGCAGGGUUCGACCCUUGCAUGAGUUCCUCCUCCUACGAGCAGCCUCAACAAAAUAAGAAACCAUGGCAUGGUUAGCUACUGCACGGAAACUGGUAUGGAUGGGCUCCAAUUUUCAGAAUCUCGAGGGAAAAAAACCCCAUAGUAACUAUUCUUUACCUAGUUCUUAUCUUUUUCUCUUUCUAGCAAGGGAGGAAAGCUGGUUCCACAUCUCUAUUUUUCCCGUAGGAUUCACUUAUAUGUUGACGUUGCUAUGGCAAUCCAGAUUUAUUGUUAAAUGAAUGUUCUUAUAUUUGUUCUUGUAAUAAUCCUUCUCAUGUGCUCCUACAUUGAAGGUAGAUCCUCCUUGUAAUCGGUAUAGAAUAAUGGAAUUUUUAAUUCGAACUGAAA